AAUCAUCCUGCACCUCGUUCUUACGUUCCUCGCAGAAAGCGUACUUAUUCUAGCUCUCUCUGCAUUGACCGCAGGCACUUUUAGGUGAUGCCGAACUGUUGGUCACUAUCCACCGACACGUCGCACAGCUCUGACCGCGGCGCACGUGCUGUCUUACGUUCCAAAAAGGUUGUGUGGAUUUGGGAUUUGCAAUCUUAUGACAGUGUGUGUGACCUCACUACAACCUUCUUUGUUCUCAGAGUCUUGCGUGUUCAAGUGUUCUUCCAACGAGUGCCUGCGGAGCUUGACGCUGGUGUGUAACGGUGUAUCAGAUUGCUUGAACGGGAGCGAUGAGAAUGGUUGUCCAGUUAAUCUCCUCGAGACGCCAACACCUAACGCGUUUGCCAGCCUGCCUGGUGCUAGUGAAGUUUCCAGUAUUCAAAUCAUCAUCAUUGUGAUAGCUAUAGUGUUAAAACUGGGGCUUUUAACCUGCAUCAUUAGUCAUUAUAAAAUGGGAGCUCGGUCAUGGAGUGAAAGACAGGGUCGACCACCUCCUCAGACAUCUAGACGCCAAGCUUUUCUUCUGGCACCACUGCCUCAUCAACAACAACUUUACCUAUCUACACCACAACACUCGGUGCUUUACACACAACAUGGUAUACAAAACAAGAGACAAUUGGAGUUGACAAUACAGCGAGAAAAACAGAUUAGACAACAAUCAGUUCAGACAGACUUAGCACUGAACCUUCCAGUUUCUCUUACUUUACCUGAUGGUGAGGAAUAUCCUUAUGGUAGCUCCAAGUUACUCCGCCUUCGAGAUUCACAGCAGGAAAGUGAACUUCGUAGAGGCUGUGUACAACCACCUCCAAACAGGACAGUUAUUCAAGAGGAUGGUCUCCAAGCUUAUCGUUCCAAGCCUAAGAGCCAAAAUUUUAAAUCGUCUACUCCAGCUAGUGUAUUGCGAACUAUAGAUGAAAAUCCCCUAGUCAUACCCUUUCAGACUAUCAAGAACAAUGGCUGUACUAAAAGUCAGGCACUGCCCUCUUACCUCAGGUUACCAGAACCUACAUGUGACAGAACCACAAACUUCAGAUGUGACAACUCUAACAAUGAUGCAGGAUAUCGAGGGCAAGUGAUCUUUGGAGCAUCAGACUCCAUCCAGAUAUAGAGACAGUACAUGUAACCAUGACCUUUGUAGGUUCACUGGGCAGUCAGGGAAUAAAAUAGUGUUUGACCCACAUACUUACCUAAAAGAAAUAAAGUCUUUCACUUGUCAAUAGACGUCUUGUGAUAACAAUUCAGCUGGACCUCGCUAAAGGAGAGCGAGUUAAGGGUUGGGACAUCCCUGCUCUUAGUGCCUCAAAUUUUGUUGUUUGUGCUGCAGCAGCUGAAAUGAUGGAUUUGAGGUUUUGUAUGAUUUAUUUGUUUGUUUUGGCAUCCAAGAUGCUAAUAGGUAAGACUCCAAUUGUAAUAAAAGUUAAAAAUGUUUGUGUGUGUAUAUGUGGUUCGAAAGUGAUAUAUUUGUGAUGUGUAAGUAUUAAAUUUCUAAUUAUGAUGAUAAUAUAGUCAUUGCGGAAAAAUACAAAUACUAAUGAAUAUGUCUUUUUUUGUUGACAAAGGGGCAGAAAGGAUCGUGUACCCAUAUACUUAUCUAAAAGAAAUAAAGUCUUUCACUUGUAAACAAAUGUUUUUCUGAUAACAUUUCACUUGUACCUCACUAAAAGGAGAGUGAGUUAAGGGUUGGGACACCACUUUUUGUGUAUCAAAGGAGAAGUAAAGGCAGAGCCUUGUUCAAACUGAUAAUUUUUGUUGGAAAAAUAGGUGUUCAUACCUUGAGAAAAAACUUUUCUCAGAAGAUAAACUAGGUUCAGAGUUGUAGAUAAUUUUAUCCAUUAUUGAUCAACAUGUAACCAUGUUCAACUUUUCCAAGCAAGUUAUUCUCUAAUAACGUAAAUAGAUUUUAAGGCUUACAGUAAUUGAGAAGUCUAACUCCUUUCUCUCUCUUUUACAAAACUCCUUUAUCAGUGUAACAUUAGCUUAAAAAAAAAGAUAUAUGGUUUCUUAAUCUUUCCAUAUUAAUUGUUUCUUUUACAAAACAUUAACAUUUUUGUUAUUUUUAGUAAGUGUAAUUUAACAUGUGAGCAUAUAAUGCUUUUAAUUUGAAAUUUCUUCAAAUCUUUUUUACACUUAGAAAUAUUUAAAUAAAAAUUUUGAAUUCAAUUAUUUCAACAUUUGAUUUUGUUCUUCAUUAAUGAUUAAUGUUUUGUUUUAUAGGAAUUUGCAUGAAAUGAUCAAAGAUAUUUUUAAUAGUUUUUUUUUAAAACCCUUGGAAACCAUUAAGGUAUAGACAGAAAAACAACAACAAACAUGAAGACUUACCAUGAUUUUUAGUCCAAGUCAUGUCUAGGUAUCAAUAACUUGAAGUAUUGAUUUCUAUAUGUUUUUUUUAACAUUUUUCAAUCAUUCACUUUCUGUUAUGACUGAAGUGUAUAUCUUAAAAUAAUGUAUAUGUGAGAAAGAACAAUAUUAAAACUUCAUGUGUUAAUUAUAACCUUUACAAGCAGAUGAAUUCACAAGACCCACAAGGAAAAAGUGUGCAAUUUUACAUUAAUAAUGAAAGACAUGUUUGUGCCAAUGAUCUGUAGGGAUGGAAACUCUCAGUGAAAAAAAAAAAGUAGGAAACAUUAAUAGAGUUAAAGUUAAUACACUACUAAAAAUUAAUGGUGAAAAAUGAUUUAUAUAGAAUUAGCAUUAAAGAUAUUACUGUGGCUUGAAACUAUUAUUUGUGUUAAGUUUUGUUUUCUAAAGAUAGAAAGGCUUAGUCCUUUUUAGAAUCUUUUCAUAAAUCAAUAAUAUCUUUCCUUUAAAAGUGUUGGUGAUCAUGUAAUAAAGCUUAUUUCUCAUACUUGUAUGCCAACUUACAUUUGUAUAUGUUUUCUACCAGUUUUUCAAAGACAAACUGUGUAACAAUAAUUCUCUCCUAAUGUACACAUUAAUUUUUUUCCAGAAGGACAAUUAAGUGGUUCCUCUCUUGUAGUGCAUGUACACCAAAGUAGGGUUAUGAAUCAAUGGAGUUUUCAGACAGGUUAUGAAAUGAUAUCUUGCUGAUGGUGCACAUUCAUGGAAACUGGGUAGUGAGUCAGUAAUUAUGAAUAUUAUGGAGUGGUGCCUUCCCAUUAUUGUACAUAUAUAUAUAUACAUAAAUCAUGGAAUAUCUCUUUUAGUUUCUUUGAGACUUUUUCUCGUCAAUGUUAGGUAACACAUAAAUUCUCAUAACACUUAACCACAUAAUACACUGUAUGUGUGUGCUAGGAUUAGUAUAUAGUGAUUCUCUGUUUUCUUAUGCUGCCCAGGUAUUAUUAUAUAUAAUAUAAUGGAAAAUGUACCCACAUCUUAUGCAGCAUUUAUUUCACUGGCUUCAUGGUCUUGCAUGUGCAUCAUCAGCCAUACAGGUCUACUGAAUACAGGUGAUCAGAAAAGGUACCCGUGCUAUAUGUAGCAUUAAAUGCCACUUUCAUUUGGCAGUUAGAAAAGACUGCCAAACUGAAACCUUUUUCUUCAAUUGCUCAUAUACCUGAAUUCUUUUAGCACAUUUCAUUGUAAGUGGCUCAGCCAGAUCUUCACAAUUUGUGGUGUCAAAACAUCAAACAGGCAGACAAAUAAUACUGCUUUAAAUAUUUACAUAUAUAUUUCUUCUCCAAUAUAUAGCAUUCCUGAUAACCAUUGUUCCAUGAUACUUAUAUGUCUAAGUGUAGAAAUUAAUAGCAGAAUUAUCAAAAUACAUCUGUAAAAUGGUUAAAACCUGUAUUUUAACACAAAAAAAAGCGUAGUAAUGUAGAAUUUUACAUUACUUCCCACUUUAUAAAUGUUAAGGGAUAACUUACUUAUUCAAACAAAUGACCAAAUUUAAAUUUUGCAUUCUGUUAUAUACUUUUUCUAACACAUUUGCAUUGCGAUAUAUCACUUACAAAAACUCUAUUAAAGAUGAUACAUGAUGUUUUUGUUUUCUUUAUACUAUGUCAAGGAAGAAGCAUCAGUAAAUGUUUGUGUCAGUAAAUGUAUUUUUUUUCAAGCCCCAUUUUGGCAGAGGUUUGAUUUCAAGCUCACACACCACUGAAAUGUUAUAUAUUUUACAUAAUAUCUUCUUUGUUUUUCAUAAGGGUUCAAAUGGAUACACUAGAGCCAUACUAUAAGACCCCUUAAGUUUAUUUUAAGACAAUUUAACAGCUAGCAGACAUUGUGUUGGUUGGUUGUUGAUUUUCAAACAAAGUUACUCAGGAUUAUCUGCACUAGCCACCCCUAAUUUUAAUGUGAUAGACUAGAUGGUAGGCAGUUACUUAACAUCACCCAUUACCGACUCAUGGGCUAAUCUAAAUCGAACAGUGGGAUUUGACCAUCACUCUUAUAAUGCACCCAUUGCAUCAAAGUGCAUAGCAUGUUUUUGUUUCUGUAAGGGAAUGCAAACUAUGGAACUUCAGAUCCACACUGAACAUUAGACUACACACUCCCCUCAGAUGCAUUAGCUAGUUACUGGCCAAUGAAAACAUAGUUCAUUUUUCUGAGUAGAAUCUUAGCUUGAACGAAGGUAACAAUUCAUUUAAUUGAUCCAGCUAAGAGAUCACAAGCCCACUAGGAAACCUUUGAAAUGUAGAAAAAAAUAAGUUGGUAUCCCAACCUUUACUUUCUUCAUGUAGUCUAUAAAAGCCUUUAAUUUGACAUGUUGGGCCUUUAUUUUGUAAAAUUGAAGAGUUCUUUGCCACAAAAAUAUCGACUGUCAGCAGGACAUAUAAACAUUUGUGUUACAUAUAUUAAUAUAAUACUUAUUUUUAGUUUGAUAAAGGUAUGUGUUUUUGUUUUUUUAAGUCAUACAUUGCUUUUACAUUCAUGUCAUUUGAAAUAGUUUUAGGAUUUUUUUCAGCCAUCUGUGGACUGACUCAAUAGCCUUGUCUUUCCAUCUACCCAACAAAAUGAAAUAAAAGUAUGUUUUAAGUAUGGUGGUGAGGAAAACAACCUGACAGAAACAGCUUUAAAAAUAUUUUAAAUUGAAAAGUUUUGGGAACAGUUUGGAAUAGGUACUUGCAGUUUACUAUAAUUUAUCAUUAAGUUGUCUUCUAUAGGAAAGUAAAUAUAAAAUAUAUAUCUAUAAUAAAUAACAUUUCAAGCAUAAAAUUAAAAUAAAAACAUUUACAAAUAGGUAUAUGCACUGUUAACUAUUUUCUCUAUUGAUAAUAUGAAAUUUGACAAAACACUAGUGAAAAAUAACCUGUAUCUGUGUAUUUCAACCUGUAUUUUCAUACUUUAUAACCAUAAUUGUGAAAAUUAAAAACAAAUAAUCGACUAUACGGGCCUGGAUGAACAACGUUAUUGGUUCUGCUGAGUGAAAUCUCAGAUUGAACAAAGAUUCCUGCUUAGUUACCUGGAACUUUUUCUAAGCCUCAACUCCUUCAGAGAAGUCUAUUUGUUAAUAAAUAUUGGAAUGUAACAAAAACCAAAGUGAACUUCCAUGAAGGAGUUUAUAAAAUCCCAUGUACUGUCAUUAUAAAUUUGUAUUUUAAUACAUUUAUCUAGAAUAGAUGAUUAAUCUCAAUAACAAGGAAUCCUCUGAUUCUUCGUGUACUUCUUAAAACAAUGUUUUUCGUAAAGAAUGUAAUUACUAUGUAUACUGAUCCUUCAGUUCCAUUUAAGAAAUAUAUGAGCACUAAAUAAAAACAAAUAAA